CUUAUCUACAAACUAAACAAGGUACAGCUAGAAGCAUUUCGGAAGUAUCUCGAUGAGAAUCUUAAGAAAGGAUAUAUACAACUAUUGCAAUUAUCAGCAGGAUACUUCAUUCUGUUUAUAUCUAAGAAAAACAGCAAGCUCAAGCUAUGUAUUGACUACAAGCAACUCAACAAUAUCAUAAUUAAGAACUGA